UGGCAGUGGAAGUUCUGAGGAGGUGUGGGGAAAUUCUCCCCUGAUGUCUCACGGUAGGAUUAAUAUGGGAUGGAAAGGCUGACGUACAUCAUACACAUUUCGGUUCCACAAUGGACAGGAUUUAUAUCGGACACAGUGCCGACAGUUGAUCACAGCAAAGAGAGAAGAAGAACAGCAUCAUCCUCCUCAUCCUUUCACUGACAGCAUCAUGAAGACUCUGUGCAUCACUCUGGGGCUGCUGCUGCUCAUCGCCUGCUGCUGCGACGCCAUGCCUACAGCUGUUCAGAUCAACAUGGCACCUGGAAACUGCUGCUUCAGCUUUUACAACCGCAGUAUACAUGUGAAGAGGGUAUCCAACAUUACCAAGACCCACAGCUCCUGUCCGAUGCAGGCAUUCAUAGUCCACACUAUCAGAGGAAAACAGAUCUGCUACAGUGGAGCUUUCCAGUGGGCUCUGGAUCUCUACAAUCAACUCCACAACACUGAGGGCAGCGGUCAGCAGCAAUGAAGAUGUAUUCUUGUAUAAUACUGUGAUGAAUUAUUGCCUGGUUUUUCAGGCAGAAUGUGUGAGGACUUUCUAUUUUAAUAAAAACGUGACUGAUGUUUUGAGCUA